ACCUUGGUCUCUGCUUGCAGAGGCUGUUGAGUUGCAUCCUAAGUUGCAUCGGCUGCUCAGCAUGGCUAGGGACGCCUACUUCAUCCUGUUCUCAUGCCUGAUUGUCCUGUCUCCAAGCCAAGGCCAGGAGGCUGAAGAAGACCUGCCAUCUGCCAGGAUCAGUUGUCCAGAAGGUUCCAACGCCUACAGCUCCUAUUGUUACUACUUCAUUGAAGACCGUUUAACUUGGGCUGAUGCAGAUCUUCUUUGCCAGAACAUGAAUUCAGGCUACCUGGUGUCAAUUCUCAGUCAGGCUGAGGGCAACUUUGUGGCCUCUCUGAUUAAGGAGAGUGGUACUACAGACACCAAUGUCUGGACUGGCCUCCACGACCCCAAAAUGAAUCGUCGUUGGCACUGGAGCAGUGGGUCUCUGUUUCUCUACAAAUCCUGGGCAACUGGGUCUCCUAACAGUUCCAAUCGUGGCUACUGUGCAUCACUGAUUUCAAACACAGGAUACAAGAAAUGGAAGGAUGACAACUGUGAUGCCCAAUACUCAUUUGUCUGCAAGUUCAGAGGCUGAAGUCACCUGAAAAAAUAUUCAUAUAAAGCAAGACUAGAAAAUACUGUGGAGUCAAAAAUUAAAACUGGACCAUCUAUCAAAGCAAAUUAGACCCUCUCUUCCUGGAAAGCCAUUCUUGCAUCACUGUUCUAUGGUAUCUUUAUCUCCAUUAUUUUCUGGAAAUCUGCACAGCUGAAGUAAAAAUGCCUUCACAAUGUUGCA